ACACAUGUAUAUAACAAAAUAGUUUCAAAAAUAUUUAUACGUAUAUAAAAAUGUGUGAAAAAUAAUAAACUAGUUUUUUACUUCUUUUCGACAAAUAAAAAGAAAUAGUAAUGUCAGGUAAAACUGUAUUUGUCACAGUUGGCACAACAAAAUUUGACGAUCUGAUAACUACAGUAUUAAGUAGCGAGGUUCUAGAGGCUUUGUCAGUUCGUGGUUACAGACGUCUAAUUUUGCAAAUUGGAAAUAGCAGUUUAGAGCCAGAUUGCACCGCACGUUGUGGUUUCUCAAAAAUAGAAGCUUUUAACUUGGUUCCAUCCAUUGGAAAGUACAUGGAAUUAGCAAAUCUUGUGAUAAGUCAUGCAGGAGCAGGAAGUGUGUUAGAAGCUUUGGAAAAACAAAAGCAUUUAAUUGUAGUAACUAAUGAUCUCCUUAUGGACAAUCAUCAAGUGGAACUGGCUGAGCAGCUGUAUAAAGAUGAACACUUAUAUUACUGUACUUGUAAAUAUUUGCUAGAUACUAUAAUAACAGUAGAUUUAGCAAAGUUGAAACCAUUUAUUACCGAUAAGAGUGUUGCUAUUGCUGAGUUUAUUGAUAAGAUAAUGGGAUUCAGAUAAAUAAUUUGGGAAAAAACUUGGUUAUUAAUUUUCAAGAAUGAAAUUGCUAGAAGAAUAAGCAGUAAUAUUUAUAUAUAUUUCAGUUUUUAACAUGUUAUUCAUAAAGGACAUAUGUUUGAUAUAUUUGUUAUAUGCUGAAUACAAUUUACAAUAAUAGUACACUGUAUAUAUAAUCAACCAUUUUUCAAACUUAUAUACUUACAUAUAGAAAAAUUUAUAUCUUUUUAUAUAUUAGUUAAAACUGUAAGUUAAUGGCAGUUUAACAAUUUCUUAGACUGUUUAUAACAUGAAGAUGUAAUUUAUCAAGACACAUCUGUUAACAGAAUAGAUAAGGUAAAUAUAAUAUAAACAAUGUGUUAUUAAAAUAAAGUUAGGUCUUUAAAAACUGAUUUUAACUGUAAUUUUUAGCAGGUACCAGCAUAGUUUUAUAUAUGUUUUAUAUUACGACCAGAAUUCAAUGUUUUAUU